AACAGCUCACAAAGAACAACAUGGUUCCACUUCACUUCACCAUUCUCAUCCUUUUCUCUUUCAUUAUCGCAAUCUCAUCCUCAAGCUUCACUCCACCGCGUCACCCAUUUGAUCCCUUAACCGAGACCGAACUCAAACUCGUCCGAACCAUCAUCAACAAGUCAUACCCCGUUGGUCCAAACCACAAGUUCACUUUCCAAUACGUUGGUCUCAACGAACCCGACAAGUCUCUAGUCUUGUCGUGGUACUACUCAUCACGGAACCACACCAUCAAACCACCGCCACGUCAAGCAUUCGUCAUCGCUAGAGACAACGGAAAGACACGAGAGAUAGUCGUUGACUUUUCCUCUCGAGCCAUCGUCUCGGACAAGAUUCACAUAGGAAAUGGUUACCCUAUGCUCUCAAACGACGAGCUUGUUGUCAAGUUCAAACCGUUUCGUGACUCGGUAGCGAAACGUGGCUUGAACGUUUCGGAAAUCGUGUUUACAACGUCAACCAUUGGAUGGUACGGAGAGACUAAGGCCGAGACGGAGAGAGUUAUUAGAUUGAUGCCCUUUUAUCUCGACGGCACAGUUAAUAUGUAUCUUAGACCUAUUGAAGGAAUGACGAUAAUCGUUAAUCUUGACGAGAUGAAGGUAACGGAGUUUAAGGACAGGUCAAUGGUUACUAUGCCCAAGGCUAACGGAACGGAGUACCGUAUCUCGAAGAUGAACCCUCCGUUUGGGCCAACGCUUCACAACGCCGUUCUCUUGCAGCCGGAUGGUCCAGGGUUCAAGAUCGAUGGACACAUUGUGAGGUACAUUAUGUGGGCAAAUUGGGAAUUUCACAUAUCGUUUGACGUUCGAGCCGGUAUCGUCAUCUCUCUUGCAUCACUUUUCGACACGGACGUGAACAAAUACCGGCAAGUCCUAUACAAAGGUCACUUGUCGGAAAUGUUCAUACCUUACAUGGACCCAAGUGAUGAUUGGUAUUUCAUUACUUAUCUUGAUUGUGGCGAUUUCGGCUGCGGUCAAUGCGCCGUGUCUCCUCAGCCGUACACUGAUUGUCCAGCGGGUGCAGUUUUCAUGGAUGGUAUUUUUGCUGGUCAAGAUGGAACUCCCGCAAAAAUCCCAAAAGUUAUGUGCAUUUUUGAAAAAUAUGCUGGAGAUAUCAUGUGGCGACAUACAGAAGCUGAAAUCCCGAACUUAGAAAUUACGGAGGUUAGACCAGACGUAAGUCUUGUAGCCCGGAUCGUAACGACCGUGGGGAACUACGACUACAUAGUUGAUUACGAGUUCAAGCCUAGUGGUUCCAUCAAGAUGGGGGUCGGCUUAACCGGUGUUUUAGAAGUAAAACCAGCAGAAUAUAUUCACACAUCAGAAAUCAAAGUAGGGGAGGACAUACACGGUACAAUUGUGGCCGACAAUACCGUUGGUGUUAACCACGACCGUUUUGUAACAUUCCGUCUUGAUCUUGACAUUGAUGGUACCGAAAAUUCCUUUGUUCGUAACGAACGUGUGACCACGAGGACUCCAAAAUCUGUUAACACACCGAGAAAAACCUACUGGACAACGAAGCCAAAGACGGCCAAGACCGAGGCAGAAGCUCGGGUGAAAAUAGGCUUGAAAGCGGAGGAGCUGGUGGUGGUUAACCCUAACCGAAAAACGAAGCAUGGCAAUGAGGUUGGAUACCGUUUACUUCAUGGAUCCGCCGCAGGCCCACUUCUGGCUCCAGAUGAUUACCCGCAGAUUCGAGCUGCAUUCACCAACUAUAACGUGUGGAUCACGCCGUAUAACAGGUCGGAGGUUUGGGCAGGUGGUUUGUACGCUGACAGGAGCCAAGGCGACGAUACGUUGGCCGUGUGGUCUCAAAGGAAUAGAAAAAUAGAGAAGAAAGAUAUAGUGAUGUGGUACACCGUCGGUUUCCACCAUGUCCCUAGCCAGGAAGAUUACCCCACGAUGCCUACUAUAUCUGGUGGCUUUGAGCUCCACCCGACCAACUUCUUUGAGCGAAACCCUGUCCUCAAGACCAAACCCGUCAAGGUCACCACCGCUCGAAAGUGCACUCCUACAAACGAUUAAUAAACAGCUUAAUCAUAUCAUUGAUGAAUCUGUUCUAUUUGAUGAUGGAUUGU